AUGUCCUUCCAACCAAACCCCAGACCAAUCUUCACAGGCUACAGACAUCCUCGCCUGUACACCGAGCUCACACUCGGAACUGGCCGUGUCAUCCCCACAGAAUACCAACCCCCACACCCAGACGACACGCCGCAGUCAUUAUUCCCCCAUUGUCCCAAAGUGACAGCGACUGAGCGAGUCCACCGAUUCAUCCGCGUAACCCCCAACAACCGAUCCGUCGAGACCGAUUUCCUCAUCUACACAGACGGUGCAUGCUUUGACAACGGCAGAAUAAACGCCAAAGCAGGCUGUUCAUUCGUCUUCAACGGUUCCACAUCUGGUUUCGCACGCUUCGCUCUCGAGUACAAAGGACCCACUAACCAACAACACACGCGAACCAACAACCGCGCCGAACUCCGCGCCGUCAUCGGCGCCCUGCGGUAUCGAGACUGGGCUGCGGAAGGGUUCACUCGGUUGGUCAUCGCAUGCGACUCGGAAUAUGUGGUUGAAGGCAUCACGAGCUGGAUAUGGGAUUGGCUGCGGUGGAAUUGGAUCACAACUGCCGGGGAACCAGUCAGGAAUCGGGAUCUUUGGGAGUGUCUGCUUGGGGAGGUGGAAAUGUGGCAUGAUAGGGGGUUGACUGUUCAGUUCUGGCGGAUCCCGAGGGAGUUGAAUACGAAGGCGGAUCGUCAUGCUAAAUCGGCGGCUCUGAUGGAGGGACAUGUUCUGUUUACUGAUAUCCCGGAUAUCAGCCUCAAUCCUGUCUAG